AUGGCGCUGACGGCUCGCCGCGCAGCUGUCACUAGAGGGAUGGAGAAUGCUGUGCCUGAACUCAGAAGUAAAGCCAGAACUCACCUUGCUGGCAAAAGGGCUGCUUUGGAAGAAAUAGGAAAUAAAGUUGCAACAAGAGGAACACGUUUAGCUAAGAAACCAGAAUGCUCCAAAGCGUCUACAAAGCCUGUGAAAGGACCUAGUAAGAUAACAAAUGUAACCGUACCACCUAAACCUCCAGCUGCUGUGAAUUGUGCAUUGAAAGAAACCUUCCUAAAGGUUCUGUCCCCUGUCCCUCUGGAUGUAUCUAUGAAAGAGGAGGAUUUGUGUCAAGCCUUCUCUGAUGUUUUGCUCAACAAUGUAGAAGACAUCGAUGCUGAGGACUGGCAGAACCCCCAGCUGUGUAGCGACUAUGUAAAAGAUAUCUAUUUGUAUCUGAGAGAACUUGAGCUGAAGCAGUCAGUCCGCCCGCAUUACCUUGAUGGGACAACGAUCAAUGGACGUAUGCGAGCUAUUUUAAUUGACUGGCUUGUUCAGGUCCACUCAAGAUUCCAGCUUUUGCAGGAAACACUGUAUAUGUGUGUUGCACUUCUGGAUCGCUUUUUACAAAACCAUCCAGUAUCUCGUAAGAGACUUCAGCUGGUGGGCGUAACAGCACUGCUCAUAGCUUCAAAGUAUGAAGAGAUAUUCUGUCCUGAUGUUACUGAUGUUGUUUACAUUACUGACAAUGCAUACACCUGUGAUGAAGUUAGAGAAAUGGAAAUAGUGAUUCUUAGAGGAUUGAACUUUAAUUUGGGACGACCUCUUCCAAUUCACUUCUUAAGGAGAGCAUCAAAAGCUGGGGAGGCUGAUGCUAAGCAACACACACUAGCAAAAUACCUAAUGGAGCUGACGCUGGUAGACUAUGACAUGGUUCACAUUCAUCCUUCAGAGACUGCCGCUGCUGCGUUAUGCUUGUCCCAGAAAAUCCUGGGACAUAACAAAUGGGGUACAAAGCACGUGUACUACACUGGAUAUACAGAAGACGAUCUUGUGAUGACUAUGAAACAUAUGGCCAAGAAUGUGGUCAGCGUAAAUGAGAAUCUAACAAAACACAUUGCUAUAAAGAACAAAUAUACAAGCAGCAAACUACUGAUGAUCAGCACAAUCCCUGAACUGAGCAGUAAGAUAAUCAAGGAUUUGGCUUCAUCACUCUAACCCUAACACCAAGCAGCCAAGUCUUCAUGGUGCCUGCACUUUGUCCUUACUUUUACCUAUUGAGGCAAAACUACUGCGGUUUGUAGCAUUCCAACCUUACCACCACCCUUUCAAAUCUGCUCAGAAGGUGACAUUUUGUUUGUAAUACAACGUAU